UCCAUUGAUUGGAGAGUCCAUAAGCUUCAUCAGGGCACAAAAACAGGACAAAACGGGUGAGUGGAUCCAAACCCGAAUCCGAAAGUAUGGGCCAGUAUUCAAGACCUCACUCAUGGGCGAUAAGACCGUGGUUUUGACGGGUCAAGCCGGUAACCGGUUUGUAUUCAGCGGAAGUGACAAUGGAAUUGCAGGCAACCAAGUAGAAACUGCAUCCAAGAUUUUGGGAAAGCACAGCAUCUUUGAGCUUUCUGAGUCUAGGCACAAGCUUGUCAGGAGUGGACUGAUGAGUUUCUUAAAACCAGAAAGCAUUCAGAGAUUUGUGGGGGAAAUGGAUUCUCUCGUCCAACAACAACUCUUUAAGGAACUCAAUGGCAAAGAUUUGGUACAAAUGGUGGGUUUAAUGAAGAAAAUAACAUUCAAGGUGACUUGCAGUUUGCUUUUUGGACUUCCAGAAGGGCAGGAGAAAGAUGAAUUGCUUGAAGAUUUUGCCAUUGCAACCAAGGGUCUGUGGGCAAUUCCAUUGAACAUUCCAGGGACAAUCUUUUACAAAGCCAUGCAGGCACGUGGCAGGAUAUCAAAGAUCCUCAUAAAUCUCAUGCAAAAUCGACGAGGAGAGGAAGACAAAAAUAGCCCCCAGAAGAAUGACAUCAUCUCAGUCUUCCUCCAUCUGAGAGAUGAAGCUGGCGAGCCUCUGCAAGUGGAGGAGAUUCUUGAUAAUCUCAUCACUCUCGUAGUUGCUAGCCAUGACACCACCACAAUUCUCCUCGGCCUCAUUUUAAGACAUCUUUCUACGGACGCCAAGACUUUUGGUGAGGUGCUUGAAGAGCAAAAGGAAGUAGCUAAGGCUGUGAAAGCAAGUGGUGAUGAGGGAAGGCUUACAUGGAGUGAAAUCCAAAUGAUGAAGCAUACAUGGAGAGUGGCCCAAGAGCUUAUGAGAUUGACUCCUCCAGUUUUUGGCAACUUCAAAUGUGCUUCUAGAGACACUAGUUUUGACGGCUUUCACAUCCCCAAGGGAUGGAAGGUUUUCUGGGUUUCUUCUGCUACGCACAUGGACCACAACCUAUUUGAAGAUCCAAACAAGUUUGAUCCAUCGCGGUUUGAGAGCUCAAAGAAAUCAUCAUAUCCCCCAUACACAUACAUUCCAUUUGGAGCAGGCCCUAGAAUAUGCCCCGGCUUAGAAUUUGCAAGAGUAGAAGUGCUGCUCAUCAUUCACCAUUUCAUUACAAAUUAUUCUUGGACACCAAUCAUCAAGAACGAGCCCAUAAGAUGUGAACCCAUGCCAUAUCCAGCCAUGGGCCUUCCAGUUAAGCUUCGUAAAAAUGAAUCAUCUUUAGUAAUUCACAAGUAA